UGUAAACUAACCUCAACCCCUUUCUUUUUUGUGAGGUUUUCGUGGUUGUCCACCUCUAACUUUCUCUCUUUCCCCUAAUUCUUCUUCUUCAACUCUCUAUUUUUGUACCAUUUGCCACUUUUCUCUUUCUUUCCCUUUUCAUUUCUCACAUUUUCCCUCUUCCGCCUUUUUUCUUGAUUUCAAACUAUUGUUUUUUGCAUGGUUGGUUUCUUGGUUAUUACAUUUUUAUUAUGCCUAGAUUACUUGAAGAAAGAUGAUGGGCAAUGCAGCAGUAAGUUGAGGAGAAGUAAUACCCCUUUCUUUUCUAUCAGAUUUUAUCAAGAAAGGCAAAGGAAUUGGUUCUUCACAUUUAAGUGCUGCUUCUAUCUGUAUUCUGUUUCAUCUCUGAGCAGAGGGUGUUUGUUGUAUUGGGGUUUUACAUACUCUUCUAUGGGAACCAAAAUGAAGGGGAUCUACAAAUACAUUUCUAAUAUUUUUGUUGUGAAGGAGAGGGAGAUAGAAAUUGGAUUUCCAACUGAUGUUAAGCAUGUGGCACAUAUUGGUUGGGAUGGACAAUCAGGCAAUGCACCUAGUUGGAUGAAUGAAUUCAAGACUGGGCCUGAUUUUGCAGCAACUUCUAUUGGUAAUUCUGGUUCUGCACAUUCUCCAUGGGCAUCACAAGAUUACACAGAGUCAAUGAGACAGCAACAAUCAUCUGAUCUUUACAGGGACGUAACACCUACAGUGGGUCCUAAGAAACAAAAGCGGAGGAAGGCCAAGUCGACAUCCUCUCCUAGGUCUGGUUCAUCAUCCUCGUCAAGGUCAUCACGAGCAGAAAAAUCCAAGACUAAAUUUGUCGAAGGCAAUGCUAAACCACUAAACAUAGAGGUGGCUUAAUGGUACAAACUUGUAGCUUAAACUGCUGAAAAUUCUGUCAUUGCCUAGCUAUCAAAGUUGUUCAUAGUCCUCAUGGAAGGAUCCACGAGAAAGAUGAGGAGGGUAUAGAAACUUGAGUAGAUGUAGAGAGUGUUACACUACAAAUGUUAUAAAGUAAUAUGGAAGAAACCUAAAAAAGUAGUAGGAGGGCUUAGAGAUGUGAAAAAAACACAAGGUGAAAAACUUAAAAACUUCCAAAACCAGGACAAUGUUUUGGGAGAAUUAUAAAUUCUUUUUCCUUUAUUUCUUCUAUUUAUUUUUCUCUUAGUUUUAUCGUUCCUCUUCUUGUAACUACAACGAGGAAGGAUCGUGUAAAGAGUUGAAUCGUUUAGUCUAUUGGUUGAAGAUUGUACUAAUGCUAAUUAUUUGAUUUGAACAAUCUCCAGGGAUUCUCUCAUACUCCUGGUUUUCCUCUAGUUUCAUUAUAUGUAGAUAUUGGUAUUCUUUUUUGUGUAUAAGUUAUUGUUACUGUUUGGACCUCAAUGUCUCC